CAGAAACACCCAGCAGCACACCAUGGACAUGCUUGACUUAUUUAACAGCUGCAAGAGAGGCGAUGUAUCGAGAGUCAGAUACCUUGUGGAACAGAGAGAUGUGGAGCUUAAUGUAAGAGAUAAAUGGGACAGCACACCCUUGUACUACGCGUGCCUGUGUGGCCACAAAGAGCUGGUCGAGUACCUUUUGGCUAAUGGCGCAAAGUGUGAGGCCAACACCUUUGACGGAGAGCGCUGUGUUUAUGGAUCGCUAAAUGAUUCUAUCCGGCGUCUGCUGAAGGAUUACAAGUGCGUCAGUGUCCGUGCCAUGCAGCGGGAUGACUUCAACUACUUUCUGCAUGUGUUACUGGAGCAGGGUCAACACGGUGACGUCAAGUUCCACGUUCAUGGACAAACAUUUCCAGCCCACAAGUGUAUUCUCAGUGCACAGUCUGAAUACUUUCGUGAAAUGUUUGACACAAAAUGGCAUGGGAAGCCCUUGAUCAAUCUGAAGCAUCCUCUGAUCAAUCCUGCUGCAUUUGCUGCCAUUCUGCAGUAUUUGUACACAGGCCGUCUUGACAUCGACGUCAGCCUCGUGGAAGAAUGCAGGCGGCUUGCAAAGCAGUGCAAAAUGAGAGCACUCAUAGAGGAGCUGGAGAAUAAAUGCAAGCAGGUGUACAAAUUCGUGUCAAACAAACCUGGAAUCUGUGUGAAGGUUCUCAGUCUGGAGUCUGAGAGUUGCCAGCUCCAGGAAAACCUGGCUCUGUUAGCAGACAGUGCCAUGCCUGCUGAACUCAGAGUUGGUUAUGGAGAGCUUCCUUUUGACCGAGUUGACCUUUUUUCGACCUAUCCAGACGUCUGCUUUCAAGUGGAUGGCUACACUUUCAUGUGUCACAAGGCGUUCUUCUGUGGCCGCAGUGAUUAUUUCAAAGCCUUGGUGGAGGACCACUUCAGCGAGGGGGAGCAGUUGCAGUCUCAGCCUGGAAUCCCAGUCAUCACUCUGCAUAUUUCCCAUGAAAUCUUCAUCCACCUCAUGUACUACAUCUACUGCAACAACACAGAGCUCACCCCGGAAUGCGUGUUUGACGUCCUGUGUGUGGCAGACAUGUAUCUCCUGUCGGGCCUGAAGCGUUUGUGCGGAAAGACGCUUGCCGCCAUGAUCUGUGAGGAGAAUGUCUUAAAUAUGUGGAAGACAGCCAAGCUGUUCCGUCUAAUGCGUCUUGAGGAUCAGUGCACCGAGUAUAUGGCCAAAAUUAUUGAGCAGCUGGUGGAGCUGCCCGAAUUUACUGAGAUGGUUCAGGAAGAUGCAGCUUCACUGGAGGACCGCCACGAGACCGACUCCGUCCCCUUGGUAGACGAGAUCCGCUACCAUAUCACCAGUAACGUGCAGACGUACAGUGAGAUCGAGGAUGCUAAUCAGAAGCUGAUGAUCCUGGAAGAUCUGCUGACCAGCAUCAACAUCGACUGUUAGAUAUCCCCCAGGUGAUGAUGCUGCACGCUCACCAGGAAUGUUUUGUGUGUAUAUUAUUCAUUAGGUUAAAGUAUAUGGUUUAGUAUAAUAACCCUGGAAACAUGGCGCUUAUUUGGAGUGAGUUUGUUUUGGUGCUUGAGUUGAAUGCUGCAGAAAAAAAUCUUUAUUUUAUCUUUAUCUUAAGCAAUUCUCUGUCCACAGGGCCAUUUCAUCUAUCUGUUCGGUAGUUUAAUUGUUACACUAUUUUUGUGUGUUUUCCAGCGCUUUUGAAAACAUGAAUAUGCUUAUUUAUUUUAUAUACAUUCAUGUUUGUUUUGUUGAAGUUUAUAUUGUUUUAUUGCAUCUGCUAUAAGGAGAUUUAGCAGGCCAUUCAAAGUUGUUUUAAGACAAAAAACAGACCUCACAUCUCACUGCUCCUGAAAAUGUACAGCUUCCUCAACUUCUUUAGUCCAGUUUUAUGUUCCAGUCCUUGAAAUGUCUGCCUGUUCUUCUGUGUUUCAUUUUGUCAACAGCAAAAUAAAACAGUGGAAACCAGGUCG